GCCAGUGGUGGCAAUGGCAGAAACAGAUUCCAGUACGCUUUGCUUAUCAACAAUGGCACCGAAGCAGGCGGGGAAAAUAUGGACGACUACGGGGAGUCAACCGGCUUGCUGGAGCAACCGUCGGUGGCCUCGGUACGGCUACCGAUCCUUGGCAUGACGUGCCAAUCGUGCGUGCGCAACAUCGAGGGCACGAUCGGUGGCAAACUGGGGAUCGUGAAGAUCAGCGUGAUGCUGGCCGAGAACGCCGGCUACAUCGACUACGACCCCACAGUGACGGAUCCGGCGCAGAUAGCGGCCGAUAUCGACGAUAUGGGCUUCGAGUGUGUGUACGUCGAAGGGGACAACAGUGAUGAUGGGCGGGCACCGACCCCGGCACUGGCUCGGAUCGCCAUCGAGGGCAUGACGUGUCAGUCGUGUGUAAGAAACAUUGAGUCCAACAUCCGGGACCGCCCGGGAGUGCUGUCGGUGCGCGUCCUGCUCGACGAGAAGCUCGGACUAGUGGAGUACGAUCGUAGGGCGACAACCGCGGAACGGAUCGCGUCCGAAAUUGACGACAUGGGGUUCGAAGCGCGGCAGCUGGCGGAGCCUGAAACUGGUGAUGGUGCCGGUGGUGGACGAUCGCCCCGAGUGGUGGCCCCUAAAGCUACGGCGAACGGCGCCGCAGCGAAGGGCUCCCCGCAGCUGCGGCGCUGCUUCCUGCACGUCCAGGGCAUGACCUGUGCCAGCUGCGUGUCGGCCAUCGAGAAGCACUGCCGCAAGAUUUACGGCGUGGAAUCGGUACUGAUUGCGCUGCUGGCGGCCAAGGCGGAGGUAAAGUACGACGAGCGGCUGACGGCCCCGGAGGACAUUGCGAAGUCGAUCACGGAGCUGGGCUUCCCGUGCGAGGUGAUCGAAGAACCGGGCACAGGCGAGGCGGAGGUGGAGAUCGAGAUACUGGGCAUGACGUGCGGGUCGUGUGUGGCCAAGAUCGAACAGACCGCCCUGCGGCUGCCGGGAGUGCAGAAGGCCUCGGUGGCGCUCACGCUCAAGCGGGGCAAGUUUACGUUCAACAACGAGCAGACCGGGCCGCGGACGAUCUGCGAAGCGAUCCAGGGGCUGGGCUUCGAGGCGAGCGUGCUCUCGAGCAAGGACAAGAUGGCGCACAACUAUCUCGAGCACCGCGAGGAGAUACGCAAGUGGCGCACGGCCUUCCUGGUGUCGCUCGUGUUCGGUGGCCCGUGUAUGGUGGCGAUGGUGUACUUUAUGGUGCAGAUGCAGGACCACAGCCACGAGGAGAUGUGCUGCGUGCUGCCGGGCCUGUCGCUCGAGAACUUCAUCAUGUUCGUGCUCUCGACGCCGGUCCAGUUCUUCGGCGGGUGGCACUUUUACAUCCAGGCCUAUCGGGCCGUGCGGCAUGGGGCCAGCAACAUGGACGUGCUGAUAACGAUGGCCACCACCGUGAGCUAUCUGUACUCGGUUGGCGUGCUGGUCGCGGCGAUGGUGCUGCAGCAGCGCACGUCUCCGCUCACGUUCUUCGACACUCCGCCGAUGCUGUUUAUCUUCAUCUCGCUCGGCCGCUGGCUGGAGCACAUCGCGAAGGGCAAAACGUCCGAGGCCCUGUCGAAGCUGCUGUCGCUGAAGGCGACCGAGGCGACGCUGGUGACGCUCGGCACCGACUACGAGGUCCGCUCGGAGAAGGUAAUCUCAGUCGAUCUGGUGCAGCGCGGCGACGUGCUGAAGGUGGUCCCGGGCAGCAAGGUGCCGGUCGACGGGAAGGUGCUGUGCGGGAGCUCGAGCUGUGACGAAAGUCUCAUCACCGGCGAAUCGAUGCCGGUGCCGAAGAAAAAGGGCUCGGUCGUGAUCGGCGGGUCGAUCAACCAGAACGGGCUGCUGCUAAUGCAGGCCACGCACACGGGCGAAAACACAACCCUGGCUCAGAUCGUGAAGCUGGUUGAGGAGGCGCAAACGUCGAAGGCACCGAUCCAGCAGCUGGCCGAUCGGAUCGCGGGCUACUUUGUGCCGUUCGUGGUGGCCGUUUCGCUCGUCACCCUGUUCGGGUGGAUCAUCAGCGGGUACGUGGAUAUCGGGCACAUUCCGGCGUCCGAUCGGGACAAGGAGGGCCUCACACCGUCGGAGAUCAUCAUUAGCUACGCGUUCCGGUGUGCGCUCAGUGUGCUGGCGAUCGCGUGCCCGUGCGCCCUCGGGCUGGCCACCCCGACGGCCGUCAUGGUGUCGACCGGGGUCGGGGCCCUGCACGGUAUUCUGGUGAAAGGUGCCGGGCCGCUCGAGAAUGCGCACAAAGUGAAGACGAUCGUGUUCGACAAAACGGGCACGAUCACGCACGGUAUGCCGAUGACGUCGCGCAUCUGCAUGCUGGUCAAACCGAGCGUCUGCUCGUUGCCCCGUGCCCUGGCGAUCAUCGGGUCCGCAGAAACGAACAGCGAGCACCCGAUCGCGGCGGCCAUCGUGCGGUACGUGAAGGAAACCCUCGAGCUCGACAGCUUCGGACGGUGCACCAACUUCUCGGCCGUUCCGGGCUGCGGGAUCCGGUGCGUGAUUGCCGGCCUCGAGCACGGGCAGGUGCAACGGUCCGAGAAGGUGCGCAACUAUCAAAACUCGUACCACAGCGACCGGGCGACGGCUCCGCUCUUCAUGAACGGGGCCGUCGUGGAGGAGCUGAUACCGCAGCUGAGCCCCUCGCAAAAGAACACGAUCGAGCUGCAGCAGCUGCUGCACCUGGAGCCGAUGGUCGAUGACACAUCAUCCCGGGUCCCGGGCAGCCAACGGGAGGAAGCUUUCGCCGAGGUCAACGAGUACAACGUGCUGAUCGGUAACCGUGAGUGGAUGGCCCGGAACGCGAUCGUGGUGCCGCCCGAGGUCAACAUUCGCAUGUCGGAGGAGGAGGAGAUGGGCCACACGGCCAUCCUGUGCGCCCUCAACGGGCAGCUGGUGUGUAUGAUCUCGGUCUCGGAUAUGGUGAAACCGGAGGCCCACCUCGCGGUCUACACGCUCAAGCGGAUGGGCAUCGAGGUGAUACUGCUGACCGGUGACAACAAGAGCACGGCCGCCAGCAUUGCGCGCCAGGUCGGCAUCAAUCGGGUGUUUGCGGAGGUGCUGCCGUCGCACAAGGUGGCCAAGAUCCAGCGAAUACAGGAGAUGGGCGUGCGCGUGGCGAUGGUGGGCGACGGUGUGAACGACAGUCCGGCGCUGGCCCAGGCCGACGUCGGCAUUGCCAUCGGGUCGGGCACGGAUGUCGCGGCGGAAGCGGCCGACGUUGUGCUGAUGCGUAACGAUCUGCUGGACGUGGUAGCGUGUCUCGAUCUGUCGCGAAAGACUGUGCGCAAGAUUCACCUCAACUUCCUGUUCGCCAGCAUGUACAAUCUGCUCGGCAUUCCGCUGGCAGCCGGUAUCUUUACGCCGUUCGGUUUCACCCUCGAGCCCUGGAUGGCAUCGGCUGCCAUGGCCGCCAGUUCCGUGUCGGUGGUGUGUUCCUCACUGAUGAUCAAGCUGUACCGCAAGCCAUCGAAGGAGGCACUACAGACGCCCGAGUACGUCGAGCUGGUGGAAGCGGGCGCCUUCCUCGACCCGGACACCAUUUCCGUGCACCGUGGGCUUGAUGAUAUACCGCGGCCGAACCUGGCCCGCUCUACGAGCUCCACUCUGGCCAAGUUGUUCGGUCGUGGCAAGGACUCGAAGGAAGACGGACUGUUGGCGGCGCUGGAUGACGACGAGCUUUCGGUUGGCAUCGUGAAGCCCACCAAACCAGGAGGCAUUUACAUCGAUGGAACCGAGCUACAGAAGCUAUAGAGUGGCGCCCCUUGUUAGUCUUUGGUCUGAUUCGUUUCCCUCCGUCUCUGUGAGUUCCAGGAACGGGUCAUUCUCCCGUGGGCCGUGGGGUGAUGCUUUGCCGUGGCCUCUUGUGGCAAAGUACAGCCAUCCACCGACCGGCCCGUGUGUUGGGGUCCCGUUCAAAUCCCUUUAUCCCGGUUAUAUUUACCUCUCCAGCCAGUUGUUCUUUCAUGUUUUUCGUCCCCAGUAUGUGAUAUUUGCAUUGUGUGUGGUUUAUUUAGUGGGGUCCGUGUCCAUUUACUGCCCGAUGUUGUAGGAUUAUUUUACCGCGCUUAAUGACUCGAACGCACUCGUCGGUGUACUUAUUACUCUCAAAUUGUACAACGCCCGUACCAGUUCAGCGCAUAGUGAACACAACUUUUUAUACGCCUAAUUGAGCCUUUACAAAAGACCUGUGAAUAAAGAAUAUAUCGUGUUUUGUAUAAUCU